GUCCCCUGUGAUUCCCUCGUUGCGUCAGCCCUCUCCCAAAAACUACUUCUGCCUCUGCUUCCCCCCCCCUCUCAUCCUCUUCUUCUCUUUUUCUCUCCCCAUCCUCCCAUCUUUUCCCAUCUCUCACAUUCUUCCAAGAAGAAAAUAAAUCACCGCAAAUAUGGUUCCCAAGGUCGGUAUCAAUGGUUUCGGUCGUAUUGGCCGCAUUGUCUUCCGCAAUGCCAUCGCCGACGGUAACGUCGAGGUCGUCGCUGUCAACGACCCCUUCAUUGAGGUCCACUACGCUGCCUACAUGCUCAAGUACGACAGCACCCACGGUCAGUUCAAGGGCACCAUCGAGAUCGAUGGCACCAGCGGCCUCAUCGUCAACGGCAAGAAGAUCCGCUUCUACGCCGAGCGUGACCCCGCUACCAUCCCCUGGGCUGAGACUGGCGCUGCCUACGUCGUCGAGUCCACCGGUGUCUUCACCACCACCGAGAAGGCCUCUGCCCACUUGAAGGGUGGUGCCAAGAAGGUCAUCAUCUCCGCCCCCUCCGCCGAUGCCCCCAUGUUCGUCAUGGGUGUCAACAACACCGAGUACAAGUCCGACGUCAACGUCCUCUCCAACGCCUCUUGCACCACCAACUGCCUGGCUCCCCUCGCCAAGGUUAUCAACGACAACUUCGGUCUCGUUGAGGGUCUGAUGACCACCAUCCACUCCUACACCGCCACCCAGAAGACCGUUGACGGUCCCUCCGCUAAGGACUGGCGUGGUGGCCGCACUGCGGCCCAGAACAUCAUCCCCUCCUCCACCGGUGCCGCCAAGGCUGUCGGCAAGGUCAUCCCCGCCCUGAACGGCAAGCUGACCGGCAUGUCCAUGCGUGUCCCCACCGCCAACGUCUCCGUCGUUGACCUGACUUGCCGUAUCGAGAAGUCCGCUUCCUACGAGGAGAUCAAGGCCGUCAUCAAGAAGGCCUCCGAGAACGAGCUCAAGGGCAUCCUCGGCUACACCGAGGACGACAUCGUCUCCACCGAUCUCAACGGUGACGACCACUCCUCCAUCUUCGAUGCCAAGGCCGGUAUCGCCCUGAACCCCAACUUCAUCAAGCUCGUCUCCUGGUACGACAACGAGUGGGGUUACUCCCACCGUGUUGUCGACCUGAUCUCCUACAUCGCCAAGGUUGAUGGCCAGUAGGAAUCAGGACGGCGUCCUGGGGUCAGGAGUGUUCUUUGAGGUGGCCGAGUUGCCCAUGAUCGUCGCUUACUAGAAGUGUUCGCUCGAAAAGUAGCCGGUGCCUCGUAGAAAAAACCAAGAUAACGUCAUUUUAAUGAAACAAAUACAUUUCUUCAUG